UCCGCUUACAGUGCUCGUCAAUCAGCGUAUAAACGAUGCCCAGUGGAUGUUACGCGUUUGGUAAAUACGAUUUGGUCGGAUAUUCCGUGAUGUUUCUGGGGAUGCUAACCGACCUUAUGAAACACGUUUAACACGUAAGGCUAGACUGGGUGACAUAUUUAUUUGCAAACGUUGCAGUAACAUACGCUUCUGCGGAUAUGGAAGGUGUAGUUACCCACUCCCGCAUUAAGCUGUUCGUCUGAAGAAGGGCGGGACUUUGUAGUCGCGACAUUCGAGGCAUCUCCGCUUGCAGUCCCGCCGGUUGAGGCGGGGGGGGGCUCCCUCGCUGUCGUCAUCAAGCCGUUCUCUCACCGCGAGCACAAGCGAGAAGCUGGCAAUCGGGUGAUUCGACGAGGGCGGCGCCAGGCAGGAAGCCGUGCCGCUCAUUGCCUUUCACAAUUCGCCGGCAGCCGUGAUCGUACGCUGAAUCCGCGUUAUCUGCAUUUAUCGUUGCAAUCGCAAAAAGAAGAAGAAAAAAAAAAACUUCCAGUUUAUCAUCAGCUGCGCGGGGUUUAACGGGCGUCUGUAUGCCACACAGUGAAGACACAGCCAUUAAUCAGACAGCUAAGUGAAUCUAAAGCAUGGAAACAGAGAUCCACGUGCCGGUUGGUUCGCCGAUUAUCAGAAAAUUUCCAAUCUUUGUAGAUGAACAUAAUGUCACGCCGGGCGCGAUGAAACUGAUACAGGAACUCCGACCGGCGUGGGACAUCAGUCUCGUCAAAACCAAGCUCUUCACAGAUGGGACUACCAAUAAGCUGGUUGGCUGUUUUGUUGAGGAGCAUCCAGAAGACGUGGUCCUUGUGCGAGUGUAUGGCAACAAGACGGAGCUUAUAGUGGACCGUGACAAUGAGCUGAAGAGUUUCCAGGUACUCCAUGCCAACGGCUGUGCACCCCGCCUCUACUGCAUCUUCCAGAAUGGCAUCUGCUACGAAUUUAUGCAGGGAGAAGCCCUGGGAACACAGGAUGUGAGGGACCCUGUGCUCCUCAGGCUGAUUGCCACAGAGAUGGCUCGCAUUCAUUCCAUCCACGCUCACAAUGGCUGUGUCCCAAAGCCGAACCUCUGGAUAAAGAUGCGCAAGUACUUCUCCCUCGUAUCCACUGAAUUCACCGACCAGGCUGCCAAUGCCAGAAUCCAACAGGAAGUACCAAGCAAGGAAGUUUUAGAACAGGAAAUGGCCUGGAUGAAGGAGCACCUGUCCCAGUUGGGCUCUCCAGUGGUCCUUUGCCACAAUGACCUGCUUUGCAAAAACAUCAUAUACAAUGCCAAGGAAGGCCAUGUCCGGUUCAUAGACUAUGAAUACUCAAGUUACAACUACCAGGCAUUUGACAUUGGGAACCAUUUCAAUGAAUUUGCAGGCAUGAGUGAGCUGGAUUACAGCCUGUAUCCCAGUAGGGAAAUCCAGCUAGAGUGGCUGCACACCUACCUGCAGGCCUACAAGCACUUCACCAAAAAAGGAGGUGAGGUAACUGAGCGUGAGCUGAAGACACUUUAUGUGCAGGUCAACAAAUUUGCCCUGGCAUCACACUUCUUCUGGGGUUUCUGGGCUCUCAUCCAAGCCAAGUACUCUACCAUCGACUUUGACUUCCUUGGGUAUGCAGCACUGCGGUUUAACCAGUACUUCAAGACUAAGCCUGCAGCCAUGGCGCUGAAGACCCCAGAAUGAAUCCAUGGGGAGUCAUGCUGGAGCUUCGGUCCAGCACUGGUACCUUCUGCUUAACAGCAAAAGCACUUUUCAGCAGUAGGAGACAGGGAUUUGCCUUUUUCAAGGGGUAGGGCUGUUGUAAGAGUUUGAAUAAGUGAACUUGCUUGAGUUGAGGGAGGGGGCAGUCAGGUCCACCUGCAUAGUCUGCCCUUUCAGACAGAUAUACAUCUCAUGCAUUCACAUUCAUUUUUCUCAUGAACCUCCUUCUGCUCAAGGAGGUUGCUGAGCAAUGAUUAUUUUUGCACUAAUAUUCAUUAAGAUAAACAUUCAUGACAUUUAAAUUUAAUCAGUAAAAAUAGUCUCACUAGUCCACAUCUAGACCCUUGUAUUUGGCUGUUCUCAUUGCAGCGUGGGAUUUGCUGUGAAGAUGUGCCACGGUCCUUGAAACAGUACUCUGCCGUCGUAGAUUUUGACUGAUUGUAAAAUCCUAAAUUAGAUGGGCAUCCAGGGGUUUCAAGAUCAUGCAGCUGCCUGAUUAAGUGAGAAUGAUGUAGGAAUGUCCAGGCCAUUUUCAGUGAAUGCCCCCUCAUCAAUUCCAUUAGAGUUAUGAGCUUUGUGACAAAAUGUACAGUGAUUUUUGGGGGAUUUUCAAGGACUGUUCAUUCAGGGAUGCUUUUGCCUCUGCUACACCUAGCUGAUGUGUCUCACUUCCAUGUUUGGGCUUGACCGUUGCAUUGUGACACCUGCUUGUUUAGCGAUCAGUUUAUUGUUAGUUUGUAACAGUUGAGAGCUUACUAUGUGAUAGAGGUUAACAGAAUGAGUUGAGGAACAUAUCAGAAGACAGAAAGCAGCAAAAAAACAUUACUCCACAGUAGAAAGUGUCCCAUUGUUUUCCUACCUCCUUAUGGGUAGAAGUAACUGGGCAUCUUCUCUUUGCAGAUGUUUUAUAGUUACGGCUUCGGCUAUUUAUUUUUCCACUCAUUGACUUGCCUGGAAA